CGUCGCGUUUGGUGUGUUCAUUAAGUGGCGCCAUAGAAGUUCUUGAUUGUAACCAUUACAGUGUCGUGAUUUCUAGAAGUAGUUUGAGGCUUAGUUUAUCUUACCGUGGUCAUCAUGACAGAUCGUUACACUAUUCACAGUCAGCUGGAGCAUUUACAGUCUAAGUAUAUAGGUACAGGUCAUGCUGACACCACGAAGUGGGAAUGGUUGGUGAACCAGCAUCGGGACUCGCACUGCUCGUACAUGGGUCACUUCGACUUGUUGAAUUACUUCGCUAUUGCAGAGAACGAGAGCAAGGCCCGUGUCCGCUUUAAUUUGAUGGAAAAAAUGUUGCAGCCAUGCGGACCUCCUUCGGACAAGCCUGAGGAGUCCUAAUGUGAGGAGAUGUAUAAUGCGCUGGUGUGUGUUUGGGGGCAGAUGGAAAGACUACUGCUAAUAUUGCCAUUGUGUGGUAUAAACGUUUCAGCAGAAGCAUCUGAGAUGUGUGUUUACGUUGGAGUUUGACAGCCCAUUAAAAGGUGUACCGGAAUACUGACUGCAGCAAUGAAAGCGUCUUCUCAACGAGUGUUAGAAAUCAGUCGUGGGCUUUCCUGACAUCCUGACAUGUACACAUUUAUCAGGUCGAUUUGGAACAUUGCAGAUUUUAAAGACAGGAUAGCUAAAACACCAUUUUUGUGGUGUUCGUUUCUUUGCCGCAUUAGGUUGGAAAUCCAAUAUUUGGUUAUCUACGGUUUUCAGUUGACAAAUACGUUUCUUUCCACGGGCUGCUGUUCUUGGUUCAAAAAAUAAGAAGCGUUAUUGUUUUUGCAUUUAAUGUAGUUUAGUUUAAGUAUGAUUUUAAAUUGUGCAAGUCUUAGUAUCGCACAGAUGUUUGAACUUCAUACAUCGGAGCAUGUUGAAAGGGUUGAUCUUGAAUUAUUGGAAUUGUACACAAGCGUCCCCAUUUUUUAACGCUCUUCACCCACGAGUAACUAGCUCAUGUUUUGAGACCCCGCUCUCUUAUAUCUUUCUUUUGUGUCGUGUAUCGGAAUGCGGCAUAAAGUUGGAACAUAUGUGCGUAUUGGACAGCUAGUGAUAUUAGAUCGGUGGUGUAUUUGUCUUGCUAUUUGUUAAUGGAGAGUGUGAGCUUGGCUCAUGCAGCCUUUUGGAUGCAAGUCCAUUCCAGCAUGCCCACAACUGACAGAUAUGUGGCGUUCAUUAAAUUGCAUAUAUUUGGCAAAAAGGCGUACUAUAAGCAAUUCAGUUUUUGUAGCAGUUAAGGGUCUGUUGCCUCCUAAAUUCCCAGUACGCAUUUUGUAUUAAAAUCAGGAAGGUAGCACUUCAACCAUCAUUUUUAUGUGCAGAGCUUAGUGUCACUUUGACUUAAUAGAUUUUUUUUAUAAAGAUGGAGCGAUUAAUUACACAAUAAAACAAAAUACUGUUCAAACUUUAUAAAAUGUUUUUGGUUUUAAUUAGCUUACUGUGUUGAUUUACUGAUUGCCACCAAGACUUUAGCUUUUUUGUAAAAUGUCCAAUUAUUUUUUGAACUGCAGUGAUUAAAAUUGCAUGCAAGACUUGUUUCUUUCUGUGUGUCUAGUCUAGUUUUAUCAGGAGUGGUGGUGGUUUGGAACCACAGUGCCAUUGUGAUACAUGGACGUUUUUCUCUUGAUAACCCGAACCCCAAGUUGUGCAGGGUGGGCAGUGUCAUAAGUAUGUCUUAUGCUUUGCGUGAUUUUGUAUCCACUGUGCACAGUCCUCCUGCAUCUCCGUGCUGUUUCUUUGCCUGGAUCCCGGUGGGUCCCAGUAGCUACUGAAGUUGUAGCUCUGCAGUAGAGAUUCCACACCUUCGUUCUAAGAGAUGAUGAGUGGUCCAAAGUGCUACUCGGUUGGACCACCACCCACCUCCACCAAUGCGUUCACACUCACCAGCCCUCUAGUACCUGGUCCAACUCCCUGUCUCCACAGGGCCUCUAGAAAAUUACCAUCUAAUUUCCAACUGAGUUGUGAACCUUUUGUUAGUUACCAAACACUUGUCUGUACUACUAUUCUGUUUUUCCAGAACUGUAAAUGUUAGUACAGAAGUAUAAAACAUACAAUUGUUUAGCACACACUCAGUAUUGUAGUGUCUUUUCAUUCUAUUCUUUAGAUGUGCUUUUAAGUCAGUACAUUGGUGAAUAUUUAAGGUACACAGAUAACUGUCAGCAGCAUCUUUGUUCAUGUAGUUGUAAUCCAUUCUUAUGUGGCUUUUUGAAAUAUUUGCAGACUUGCAAAAUAAUGCAAAUGGACAUAAUUUCUUAUUUAAAUCUCGUUUAUCAUUCUAGCUGUUCUAGACAGAGUUGAGUAUCACUGAGUUGUAUUCCCAAUCUUGUAAAAUUGUGCCAUUAUCUUUCCAAAGCUUGCGUUUAACUUUGCAGUUAUUAACGUGAAUAUGAACAUACACAAAUAUUCACUUAGAAAUGUAUAAGGCUGAUUUGUGAGACCACCUGCAUAAAAAGACAGGUCACCAGUGAAGUGUCUCUGGCUCCGUGUUGGGCCCACUUCUGUUCUCUUAUGGCAUCUGCUUCUCAGAAGUCAAGGCCAUUGUCAAAGGCCUCUGGCUGACCAAGUUCACAGAUGAUUGAUGAUUACAAACUGGGAGAAGCCAUAGAAUUCACCCCCCAAGACUGAAACAUCUUAUAUGAGGUUCUAGUACAAAUCGUGACUUAAAACUCCGUGACAAAAAAAAAAGCGUAAUACCUUUUAUAAAAUUAACUCUGGAAACUAUUUCAGCAAUAUUUAAAAAAAAAGACCCACUAAUCAGGAAUUUGACAUGUAGAAAGUAACCUGGCAUUCGACCAAUGUGUGUCUAUGGUAGAAAAGAAAUCUAUAUUCUUAACUUGUAAGUAAAGGUAUGGCCUCUAGGUCCAGGUAAGUCAUUGUACCACUACAGUGUGUGCAUGGCAAGACACAGGCAGCAACAGGAACGUCCACAAACUUUCCUUUUUAAAAAAAAAAGUACAGGGCAUAAACUUUGUCUCAAAAGCAGAGCACCUCAAAUGUUUUCUCUUGACAGAUUAGUGAGAGGUGAUCUGUGCCUCCAUACGAAGCAUUCCUAUAUCCUGCAAUGAUGAGCCUUUUACACAUCUUAACGGCAUCAGAACUGCUAGCUCUAAAGACCUAAUUUUUUUUUUUUCCAUAAUAAUUCUUUAUUAUUUUUCAGCUUAUUCAAACAAAACAUUUGACAUAGAAAUACACAGGUGAUUUUCAAACAAAGCUUCUAAUAACAUUCAAACAACAUAUAUACACUAUUUACAUGAAUGCUUCCAUAUUUUGCUUGCAACAUAAAUAUGAUGUCAGAGAGAGAUGGGUAUGUAUUGCAGAGAAUUUUUAUUUUUGGAGUAGGCUCCCCAUCCGUGUGAAACAGUCCGUACCCCCAAUUCUAUUCAAAUGCAAUUUCGACCAUUGGAUGGGAGAGAGAAAAUUCACCCCAAUUUGGCCUCUGUAUCUCUGGUGUACUUCAGUGAAUCAUGUCAUAACCAACAGUAACCCCAUAUCUAAACAUCUGAAAACCUAUAACUUGUGGGACAGAUAUGUCAGGUUUAUGAAGGCCCUAUUGGUCAUUAGUGUAGUAUACACCUAGUAAGCAAGGCAAGUUUCUGCCAAAAGGAGCCUUGUAUGAAAAAAAAAAACACAUUCCUUUGGUCUCCAGUUUCAUUGCAGCAUGCACCACUAGAACAUAGGUGCUGACUUAGUGUGUUAGGUCCCAAGUUACGAAGUUAAGGUAGCGGUAUUUUAUAGCUUGGUCACACAACAGGCAGCUGUUGUAGGCUGUGUUUUUAAUGUGGUCAUACUUGGAUGGCCAACUAGAAUUCCAGCUGCAUCAUUCUCCAUCCAUGAAGGCCAGUUUCAGGAAGUUAAUUUACAAGGCUUUGUAGUAAAUAAGACACAGUGUAAUCGGGGUGUGGGUGACUACAACAGAGGGAGUGUCUGCAGUAAGAUAUUUUAGCUGGACUGUUAUGUUGUUUGAAGAAGACUUAACUUAAGACUUGAUCCUCCAGUAUCAUUCACAUAAUAACACCUAGAUCACAUCCCUGACACAAACUUCAGCCUUUUUCUACUUUGAUCCCCAUGCCCCUUUUUUGGGUGGGAGACUUGACCCUGUCACUCUAUGGGUUGACGUGAUUUACUUUUAAAGUUUGUAAUUUUUGUUGUAUUUUUACCAUUUAAUUACAUGCUACUUUAGGUGCACUGUGUUGUCAAGGAAAAUAAAUUCUGAGAUGGGGAGAUUAAUACUGAGAAGAAAUGGUCUUGUGUUCAAGGUGUUUUAUUAUAUUUUUAAAUAAAAUUGCUGUAAAUUUCAAGAGUGGUGGGUAUUUCUUGCCAGUUAAUCUGGUGUGGGUACUGUUACUGUGUGCUAUGCUGUGCAGUGAUGUAUACUGCAUAUGUAGCAAUCCUUGUAGGCUCAGUAGAAACCCAGACAUUGACUGCUGAUAAGGAUUCGUUGGCUCACUUAUUCUGCUAUAUUCCUUCCUUAUGUCUGGCAUAACAGACAGCGCCCCCCCCCCAAAUAAUAAAAAUGGCUUUGUGUCUUGUUCCUCACAUGUUGAAUUCCAUUGCUGUUUUUAAUGGCUGGGGAUGGUGAAUUCAUCUAUCACCAGGUCUUUAUGAUAGUAUUCGUCUUCCUUGAGCCAUUAUUUUAAUUUGCUGUUGUAUUUCAUCUUCCGUGAAAGGCUGGUACCCACUCAAACUAUGUGGAUGGCCAAAGCAUGAGUACCUUUUCUUAUUGAAGUCUUACUGUGGAUGAUGUUUGUAAUUGCUCACCAAUUUUCUUUGCUGUGGCCUGAAUGGCUCUGACUGGUCUGCUCUUAAACUGGAAAUGUGGAUUUUCCAAAGAUUUGCUGCAGUGUCCCUGCUUGUAAGUCUGUGUCCCAGCCCAAACUUUCAUUUUGUAUUUUGUUUGUUUUGUUGUCCCAGAAGUCUGACUGAAUUUUCAGAAGAGGCAUUGCGAAUAGCUGCUACUAGAACAGUUACAAGAUUCUUGGAACACGUGUAAUGUAUAUUGCAAAGGUCUUUCAUUUGUAACCUGUCAUAGAUCAAGCUUCAUGGUUUAAAGCACCCAAAUUGCUAGGAGUCCGAUGUGAGAUGCACUGAAAUCAGAAAAGGUAAAAUAGUCUUGUGUGCCUUAUUUAUGUCCCAUUGUUACUGAACGUUUUGUAAACCUCAAAGGAGGAUUGACCAAUGGUGUUUUAUAGACUAGAUAACCAAAAUCAGUAGGCCUUCACUACUUCUCUGGCAUUUUUUAUUAUACUGUUUCCAUUUAAGGGUUCUGUAAAUUUGGCUUGGGUCCUCAUACAGGAUGAAACCAGAAUAUAUUACUACUGACUUGUCAUUUACUUCAAAAAUAAAUAUUCAAUUCCAAUAAAAAAAUCUUAUUCUUUCCAGCUUGUAUGCAGUCAAGAGUACACUAUGUGAAGAGAAAGCUGUGUACGUCUGUACCUGAAAUCAGUGAAGUGCAGUCUGUAGUUAAACAUAAUGUUACUGUGGAAAAAGACUGGGGAAUAUUUAAAAUUUGUUUUAGAAAGGAAUUUUUUCUGUUUAGGCACUACUGGUAGUCCUGUAUAGCUAUUUGGGUGCUCUGUUUUGUGCCAUUUUGUUUGCAACAGCUGUAAAUUUUUGUAUAGAAUAAACUCUGUACCUUGAAGUCU